AUGACUAAUCUAAAUAUCGAAGACAUUGAGAAAUAUCUAGAAGAGAUUCCAGAUGAUGCUGAUGUUAUAUCAGAUUUUGAUGAUAAUGAUAAUGACUCUGAAAUUGAUUUUGACCCACUGGAUGUUGCAGAAAGCCAGGAUGUCCAAGCUGAUUAUGAGUUUGAUAUUGAAAACUUGGAUAUUAUGAUUGAGGAUGACAUUUGGACAUCAUCAACGUCAAUUGCUCAGAAUAUGCCAAUUAAUGAUAUUAUAUCUAACAGUAGUACAAAUAAAUUACAAAAUAUAUAUUGUUUAGACUCUGUAGAUAUUGAUAGGAAAAUUAGUAUGCCUACAAGAUCAAAUAAAAAGAAAAAGCCUGUACAUACAACCCAAAAUGCUGAUUUAGAUAAUAAUGAUGAUGAUGUCUGCAAUUUGAUGAACAUGAGCGAUGAAGUAGACAAUAUGUCCCUGCAUUGGCACAGUAAAUCAGAUGUUAGAACUGAAAGACCUGAGAGUCUUGGAUGUGUUGGAGCCAACGAAUCUAACUUCAUUCAAUGUAAUACCCCGACUGAUGUUUUUAUAGUUUUCAUGGAUGUAAUAAUAGAUGAUUUAGUUUAUCAAACAAACUUGUAUGGUACGCAAAAUGAUAGGACACUAAAAAUAACUAAAGAUGAGAUGCUGGUAUUUUUUGGGAUAAAUUUUUUUAUGGGCUACCAUGAACUUCCGGCAUGGAAAGACUACUGGAGUAGUUCGCCUGACUUGGGGGUAAAAUUUGUGUCUGAUGCCAUGUCUAGAAAUACAUUUCAAAAAAUUCUACAAAAUCUUCACUGCAAUGACAAUGCAAGUUUACCCUCAAAUAAUAAAGAUAAACUCUUCAAAUUACGGACCAUCAUUGAAAAACUUAAUAUUUCAUUUCGUAAUAACUAUUUUGGUACACAACUCAGUGUGGAUGAGAGCAUGGUAAAAUUUAAAGGCAGGUCCACUCUCAAGCAAUAUAAUCCCAUGAAACCUAUUAAACGUGGGUACAAAAUUUGGAGCAUGGCUGACCAAAAUGGGUAUAUGUUAGCAUUUAAAAUCUACCAGGGUAUAGAGGAGACCAUAAACCCAGAAUUUAGUAGCCUUGGACUUGGUGAGCGGGUAGUGUUAGAGUUGACAAUAAAAAAAGGGUUGCCAAAAAAAAUUAUGGAUAAGGAAAUGAAAAGGGGUAUGUCUGAUUCUAAGUUUUUGGUAGAUGGAAUAUCAUUUUUUAAAUGGAUGGACAACAAACCUGUUCACCUUAUAUCAAAUUUCCAUGGUUCGGAAAUAACUAGUGUAAAGCGAAAAGCAAAAGAUGGGUCAGCAGUAACAGUCCCAUGCCCUUCAGUAGUUUCUGACUAUAACAAGUAUAUGGGAGACAUCAUGUUUGUUAGUUCAUAUGUGGUGUAUACCACAAUAUUCAAUAAAAUUUCUGUCUUGGAGUAUAGAAGAUCCGUAGUACAAGGAUUACUCACAAAACAAUCAUUAAAAACUAAAAACUCUCCAGCUCAAAAACAAAAAAACAAUAAACGAAGAAAAACUGGAUUUUCUGUAUCAAGGGAUGUUAGAACCGGAAAUACUGGAAUACACUGGCCAUGUUUUGUCAAAGAACGUGCAAGAUGUGAGGUUUGUAGUUCAAAGGCGAUUGAAUCGAGGCCUCACUCAAAGUGCUCACAUUGCAACGUUUUUUUGUGUUGCAAUGAAAAAAAAAAUUGUUUUUCUGAGUAUCAUGAAAUAUAA